AUGACAGCCACAACGGCCCCAGAAGGCGCUGCCUGGAGUGAGGCGGCCAUUUCGAUAUCGUGGAACCAAGUCGUCAGCGACUACAAGGCUUUUCACGGCGUCCGCGCGCGUGGUGGCACGGUGGACGACCUGCCAGAGAACCUCAGAGAGCCUGUACUUCCUGAUAGCGGACAAGAAACAAGGCCAGAUGCCAAGCCUGAAACUGUCAACGGAUCUGUUGGAGAGACGAAGCAGGCUGCUGCGGCCGAAACGACAACGGAUGGCGAAAGAGCUACGAGCUUGGACAAAAAUGGGCCAGCUGCAGCACCAGCGGCAGAGUCGGAUGCUGAGCUAGAGCAGACAUUUGCAUCCCCAUCAGGCACGAAUCAGCUCCCAGCUCCCAGCCUUAUGCCCCCGCAGGCAGUCUUGGGCAGUAUGGAUGGAAACGAAAGCCUGAAGAAGCUGCUGAUGUCGUGGUACUACGCCGGUUACUACACCGGUCUGCACGAAGGCCAGCAGCAAGCAGCACAGGGCCAACCAGAGGGCGAUCAGCAUGCCGAAAACGAGGCUCAGCCAUGA